AUGAGCGAGUUGCAAGCCACAGUAGAGUUUUCCAUUGAACUUCACAAGUUUUACAAUGUUGAUUUAUUUCAAAGGGGAUUUUACCAAAUUCGCACAAAUUUAAAAGUUUCUCCAAAAUUGUCUGUGAAAAUUGAAGUUAAUUUAGCUAAAAAUCUAGUUGGAUCUGAACAGAUCUUUUCACCUUUUGUUGACAAUGGCUGUGGCGUCAGUAGAGUUUUUCAAAUUUUAUAUAGAAACCAAGAAAUUUUAUUAGACAAUGUUAUUUUAUUUAGGAUUGAAGAAAUUCUUGAAAAAGCCGAUUUUUCUCUUAACGUUGAAUUAUGGUUUACCGAGCAGCCUUAUUUAUUUUGUCAACAAAAUGGAACUUCAUGUGUUUCAAUAAGAACUUUAAAAUUUCAUUUUUCACCUAUUAAAGGCUUACAUUAUCAUUUGCCUGUUCUGUUUGACUAUUUUCAUCUAGCUGCAGUCACCAUUACCAUUCAUGCGAUUCUUAUUGCUUUGCAUCAACCCUACAUCAACACUCCUCGCAGCUCCAAGCCUCUAUUUGGCACAUCAUAUCGUUUACACACUCAUUACCCACAAUCAAUGGACACAUUAUUUUUUGGAUCCAUGAAUGGAGCAAAAUGCGUAUCUUCAGGGGCUAGAUUGUCUCACGCGCGUCGCAUUCAUCAGGAAGUAUGUAGCAUUUUAUUGACAACUUACGAUACUCUACAAACUCAAUUACAAGAAUACAUGAAACUGUUACCAACAUGGCAGCAAUUCAAACUCGAAACCAGCGACUGUGUGAAGCGCUUAAAUAAUUUGAGCGAAAAUGCAAAAUUAAUAGAAGCUGAAGAUGAUUUUAUAACAGUUGCCAAUAGCGAUAUUGCUCAACUGUGUGCUGAAAAUAUUAUUCUUUGGCAGCAAUUUUUAGAUGCUUUUACAUGCAAAGUUCCAAUACUUCAAUAUUUGGCUAAAUAUCAUCAUCAGCUAAGAGUAAAAAGAUUUGCGGAAGCAUUUUUCGUCGUUGACAAUCCUAGACAAUCUGCUUCUGGUUGUUACGAUGCCAAUUAUCAGAGCUACCUUGCCGUGUCGGAAACUGUUCGAAGGUCUAGAUAUUUAGCUUCUCUUCCACCACUUCCCGUUACUUGCUCAGAGCUUGAUGGCGAUAUAGCUACAAUGCCAAUUAUUUUUGAAGAUCAAUAUCAGGAUGUUGCAGAAUUUGCAAGAAGGCGCAAUGGUACAUCAAAAAGCCUGGAAAACGAAAGCGAUAUUGUACCUCAAUGUUCCGUCAAACAAGAAGACUGUAGCUGCGGUAUUGUAGCCAUAUUAGAGUCUAGAUCGCAAAAUAGUUCUAAUCACCUAAAGUUAUCCAAUCAACGAAGUUUAAAUUUUCAAAAAUUAAACACUCAUGUUUCUUUAAAAAAAAGUACCAUUGAUAAGGAAAAUAUUGUUAAAGCUACUUUAACAAUAGGUUCUUGUUUUAAAGAAAAAGAAAUGAUGACUAACAUAUCUACUAUGUUAUUAAGGUAUAACGAUGAAAAAAACAGUAAAACCGGAGCGACGGAUUCAUAUAAAACUUUUCCCAUGCCUUAUAACGUUCCCAAUACCUCUUCGAAAAUUUCCAAUAAGGAUUGUUGGUCUUCAGAAACAACUUCAAGUAAAAACUCCAAAGAAAAAGCAAACAACAAUUGUAAAGUAAAUUUUGGAGCUAGUAAAAAAUUGGAACAAAGUUUAAGCGCACCCUUUAGUUUAAGUGAAUAUCCAAGUGUGCAAAAUAAUUGUGGUUAUACUCUAAUCGGAAGUCUAAAACAUUCGGAAAGUACUUUAUCUAUGCCAAAUGCCCGUGGGAUUCACGCCGAAAUAAUAAACAAUAAUUUGAAAUGUUUUUUGGGUAACUGCAGUGAAUCUAUGCCUAAUCUAAUUCAGUCCCCAAACGAUUCUCCAAAAAAUUUUGGAUUAAUUACAUCUCGAUUCAGUCAUAAAAGAUAUUUGGAAAACAAAGAUAUACUAGCUUUGUAUGAAAUAAACGAUUCAACCAUUAUUGAAGAAUCUGCAGAUGAUCCCGGCUCAGUUUUAGAAAUAAAGCCAUCGAAAUUUGCUUCAGGUCAAUUUCUAUCGUCUCCUCUUUCUUCCGUAAGCGACGAAUUAACAUCCGAACAAAGUGGAUGGGUCUCAAAUUCGUCUAGACAUUCAUCAGAAACUCAUUCUUCAAGUGGUGCUCUAAGUCCGGAUGCAGCCUUAAAUGGAAAAGAACUUCCCGAUUAUUCUACUCUACAAUUGCAAAAAAUAAACAGUAGUCCCUUGGAACCCAUUUUGGAUGGAGAAGUUCUUUUGGAAAAAUUGGAAAAAUUAGCUGUUCGGUGUGAAAAAUCAAACAAACAAAACACCGAUUCAUGUUAUGACGAUUUUCGCGUUUCUCCUCCCCACCAAUUUCGGGAUGCUCCAUCUCCUCCCGAACAUUUCAGAGAUUCUCCCGGAACUACAUUAAAUAUUGAAAAGCACAGUAAAGAUUCAGUCGACAAUCUUUUAUACCAUUUAUACGAUUUUGAUUUUGAAAAAAAAUCAAAAACGAAAUUUGAAUUGAAAAAGAAAAACUUGAAGAGUUCUUUAGAAAAUUUAUCGUUUGAUAUUUUCAAAGAACCGUAUAAAAAACGAGAAGGAUCCAGUGGGAAGAAAGUUAAAAAGAAAGGAAAAGGAAAAAAAGUAAAAGUAACGAGCGAUGAGGGUUUUGACGAAUUAGAAAGUAAAUACAACGACAGCGACACCAGCACUACAGAAUCGCAAUCUUCAACCCGAAAAAUAAACGACAAAUCCAAAUUAGUAUACAAAUUUAAAAAUCCUUUCCAAGGAAAGUUAAAAUAUAAUAAUUUUGAAAGUGAAACGUUGACAUUUAUCAAAGCAAAAGAAGAUUUUAAAAAGCAAAUGAAUUUUACCGGAAUGAUUUACAGCGAUUUUCCGACUUUAGCUUCUACCCUUCCUUAUUUUCACAUCAGCGACGAAUACCGAAUAUUUUCACCCGAAGGUUUGCAUCUCAUUAUUUGUGUUCACGGUUUGGAUGGAAACUCGAGUGAUCUUCGAUUGGUGAAAACUUAUGUCGAACUCGGAUUACCCGGUGCCAAUUUAGAAUUUUUAAUGUCUGAAAGAAAUCAGGGAGAUACUUUUUCGGAUUUUGAUUCAAUGACGGAUAAGUUAGUCGCAGAAAUUCUUUAUCAUAUAGAAACUUGUGGACCUACUCCGUCCAAAAUUAGUUUUAUAGGUCAUUCCCUUGGAAAUAUAAUUAUACGAUCUGCCAUCACUCGACCUCAACUUAAACAUUUACUUCCCAGGUUUCAUACCUUCUUGUCCCUAUCUGGACCUCAUUUAGGAACUUUAUACAAUAAUAGCGGUCUUGUAAAUAUGGGGAUGUGGUUUAUGCAAAAGUGGAAAAAAAGUGGAUCACUCUUGCAAUUGUCUUUAAAAGACGCUUCAGACGUUCGGCAAACUUUUCUUUACAAGUUAAGCGUUAAGAGCAACCUUCAUUAUUUUCGUCACGUUUUACUAUGUGGCUCUUCUCAGGAUCGUUACGUUCCCAUUCAUUCAGCCAGAAUCGAAUUAUGUAAAUCCGCGAUAAAAGACUCAACCAUUCAAGUGGUAUACCGAGAAAUGGUUCGGAAUAUAAUGAAUCCGGUAAUAAAUUCAACAGACACGACAUUAGUUCGCUACGAUAUACAUCAUGCUUUACCAAACACUGCAAAUUCGCUCAUCGGAAGAGCUGCUCACAUCGCCGUUCUCGACUCUGAACUUUUUAUCGAAAAGUUUUUAGUUGUUACUGGAUUAAAAUAUUUCAGAUGA